AUGGUCUUUUCACGAUCCGGGCGAUCGGUCUUCCCGUUGCUCCCGCCGUAUGGAGCCCAUGAUUCCAGCACAGGACGAAUCAUUCCCCUCCACCCAGACGGCCUGACUCCCUAUCUGGGACUACGAGCUCGACUUUCACAAGUAUGGAUCAAUCGCUGGACGAUUCUUCUACUUCUUGUUCUUGUUCGACUAUUGAUUGCAGUCGGCGACGUGCAAUCCAACAUGGCGUCCGCCAAACGCGAGGCGCUUUCCGCCUGCUCAUCGGUCGAAUCCAUGGGCAGCGCCAUGGCUUCAAUGCCUCACUACUUGUCCACUGGCACCAAUGAGCUUGUUGCUUCAUCUGUCGACCAUGCAGUUGCUGCUUUGAAAUCAAUGCUGUUGAUGACCAUUACCGGUGUAGGGGAAAUCCUUUGGUUUGUUCUCAACAUGAUGUAUUCAACCUAUGCCUGUCUUAUUACGAUGGCCGUGCGUGGCACAGUUGGAGCUGGAAUUGAGUUGGUCAAGGAGGCGACUGAGUGGAUCAACAAGACCCUGGUCUCAAUCGGCGACGACAUCGAAAGCACUGUCAACAAAUAUAAGAGUGAACUGGAUUCAUUCCUCGAAGCAAUCAACAAGGUGGCCAGCUUGUUCACCGACGACCCAACUCCAAUCGAUCUGAACAGCUCAAUCAGCAAGUUAGAGAACAUGGCUCUUCCGUCAUCGGUCAACAGCACUGUCGAAAAGUUAGACAGCCUCGUCCUUCCUAACUUCAAGGAGAUUCAGAACUUCACCAAGACUAUCUUCCAAACUCCUUUCCAGGAAGUCAAAGACCUAGUCAACAAAUCCCUGGGCACCUACAGUUUUGAUCGAUCCGCUCUUCCGGUUCCUGCUAAAACGCAAUUGACCUUUUGCAACGACAACAGUGGCAUUAACGAUUUCUUCAGUGGGGUUACGAGUCUUGUCUUAACAGCCCGCAAGAUCUUUAUGGCCGUUCUCAUUGUGGCAGCUAUCUUGGUAUGCAUUCCAAUCGCGUGGCAAGAAGUUCGUCGAUGGCGCUCUAUGAAAGAACGCUCCCAGCUUGUUCGGAAAGAAGCACACGACCCGAUGGACGUCGUCUACAUUGUUUCGCGGCCGUACACUGCCGCUGCGGGUAUCAAGGCAGCAAGCCACUUUAGCAACAGCCGCCGACAGAUUCUCGUACGGUGGGCGAUCGCCUAUGCGACAUCUCUGCCAGCUCUCUUUGUCUUGGCUCUUGCUCUUGCUGCACUUUUCUCCUGUCUAUGUCAAUACAUUCUUCUUCACUCGAUCAAGAAGACUGUCCCCGCACUGAGCUCUGAAGUGGGGGAAUUUGCCGACAAGGUGGUGGGGGCACUUGAGAAAGCCUCAACAGAUUGGGCCACUGAUGCCAACAAGGCCAUCAUCAAUCUCGACACUGAUCUCAACAAGAAUGUCUUCGGAUGGGUCAACACAAGCACUCAUGCCAUCAACGAAACAUUGAACUUCUUCAUAUACAACACAUCCAGUGCGCUCAAUGAAACAUUCAAAGGAACCAUCUUGCAAGAGCCCGUUUACGAGCUAUACGAAUGCUUGAUUGGACUGAAAGCAGAGUCUCUGCAGAAGGGAUUGAACUGGGUAUCCGAACAUGCGCAUAUCUCUCUUCCCACACUCCCAAAUGAUACCUUCUCCGCCGGUGCCUCGGACAGCAUCGAUGACAAGUCGUCAAACCCAUCCGACAGCUUCCUCGCCGAUGCAGGUGAUGAAACAUCAAACAAGAUCACCGAAGUUGUCAUCAGCGUGAUCAACAAGCUUCAAGAAGCGUUGCGGAUUGAAGCAAUUAUAGCUACAGCCAUCCUUCUUCUCUGGGUCUUCAUCGCCCUCAUUGGAAUCACUCGCGCCAUGAUGCUUUUCUGGGGCCGUGAGAAGCAACGCGGUGAGGGUGGACAAGGCCAUAUGAUGGAUCCUAUCCCUCGAGGCGGUCCACCUGAGGAUCAAAACGGCUUCACUGAAGUUCCGCUCACUGCCUAUCCGAAGAAUUUGUCAGAAGAUCAUGUCGCUCCCCAAUACACAGUUAGCUCAGAUGAGAAACAUGGCUUCGCGGGACAGAGGAAUUACGACAAUGCUCUGCAGGUCGAUUCUACGGACGUGCGCGGGAGCAGCUACGUUGAAUACGAUGUGAAGCGAUGA